CUUCACCACUGCAACCAUAUUGGGCAGUCGGGGAGCCACAGUCUUACAACCACAAGGCUGAAAGAUUGCCAGAGAUUAUCUGACAGCCAUGUCCUCGCUUUCUGCAUCCACGAUAUCGGACAUCAAUGCCAUCUCAGAAUUUCUGGCUUGUGAAGACAUCUCGUCGUUACAUGCCUGCCCUCCUGUGGAUGUCUUAGUGCUUUGCGUCAGCGCAGUCUUGCCUAUUGCCGAUGAGGUAUUCUCAGCCUUGGAGACUCAACCCAAGCUUGCGAAAACUGUCGUAAUCUGCGGCGGUAUUGGACACUCGACUGGCCUCCUUUACGAAGCUGUCCGAAAGAAUCCCAAGUACCAGAGCAUCGCAGACCACGUUGAUGGACUGCCCGAGGCUGCAGUCUUCAAUCGAAUCCUCAAAGAGUUCAAUCCCCGGCUCAUUGAGCAAGUCGAGGCAGGCGCUUUCAAGCUCCUCAUUGAGGACAAGUCGACCAAUUGCGGAGCCAAUGCCAGCGAGACCCGAAAACUACUUGACCAACAUUGUACUCCUCUGCCAAAGUCAGUCAUCGUUGUCCAAGAUCCCACCAUGUCACUACGGACCAUCGCUUCGUUCCGAAAGACAUACGCCGAUGUCUCACCCACCCCAGAAUUCCUUGGAUGCCCAACUUUCGUUCCCCUCAUGUCCCUGGACGAGGGACCCUCGGAACCGCAUUUCCAAACGUCAGCAUACCAGGAGUCAGAGCUUUGGGAUCAUCAACGCUUCUUCGAUCUGAUCAUGGGCGAGAUACCGCGGCUCAGGGACGAUGAAAAUGGGUACGGUCCUAAAGGCAAGGGUUUCAUUUCUCAUGUAGAUGUUCCUGGCGAAAUUGAGGCUGCAUGGACACGACUGGAGAGGAUAUUGGACUUCAAGCGGUGAUGGUAGUCCUUGCUACUUCAGCAUGCAGUGACCAUUCCUCCGAGGGCCUUCAUACUCCAGCCGGCCAGGACGAUUGCCAAUUUGGCCGAGAUUGGUCAAUAGUCCUAUCCUCGCCUCAAUCCCUCAAAUCGGAUUGCCUCAACCCACCGCCCUUCGUCAAGCUUCCUCCUACGAUGCGCAGCGCCGUGGCGGCUCAAUCGAUGUGCUUGUGGACAAUUUCGCAGCACAGAAGAAGGACCGGUGAAAAGUCACCUUCGAACCGCAAGUCCCACGAGACUAUUAAACCGAGAGGCAUAGCCGUGGCGCAUCUACACCACACGUUGUGAUGCGAGAUCAUUCGAACUUUGGGCCGCCGCCAGAGCAGUGUACGGAAUCCGAUAUCUUGGGACUCUCUGACUUCAUGCACACCACCCUGGCACCCAUGCGAAGAGGUUCUCGAUCCAGUCGAUGGCAUGGCCUGUGAGCAUACGUUGCCACCGAACCUAAAUGUUGGUCAUAAUCAUAUCUCAUUUCGUCAUCUCGUAUAAUAAUUACAUAGAUGAUAAGGAUAGUAAACAGGGUAUCUGGGG